AUGUUGUGGCUUGAUGCCAGCUGCGAAAGCACCCUGUCCUAUGCCCCUGACGGAGGCUUGCUCAGCUGGAGCUGCAAACUUCGAGGACCGGCACUGAAGACCCACCAUCCUUUGGAUUUAUCUGAAAACCCCAAGCUCAGACUUGUGGAUGGCAAGCCCUCCAUGGAGUUUAGCAAGUAUAUGUCGAUGCAGAUGGACCAUCCACUGGAGAGAAUCGGAACCAUCAUCUCAGUUCUGGCAUUUGACGAGAUGAAAGCAGACCGCGAAAAGCAUUACGCGCAAUAUUGCAUUUUCACCGGAGCUGAACAGGGGCCUUUGCAUGGCGGACGAGGGGUUUCGCAGUCCCCCGGUUAUGAGGGCACAUACCGGCUGAACGGAGGUGCAUGGGAGGGAGUUAAACCGAAACCUUGUUGGACAGCGAUGCAAGUUGCCAGUUUCAAGUGCCGAAGAGCUUUUCAGCUGAAGCCAGGAUGGGCGAAUCGGAUUGGAUUGGAUCGACAAAACAGUCAGAAGUUCCAGGGCCGGAUCUCCGAAUUGCUGGUGUUUGAUUCCGUUCUUGCGGAUGCGGACAUCCAGCACGUGGAGGAUUACUUGCUCAAGAAGUGGCUUCCGGAGGUUGAGAGAUUUGAAGAGCCGGUGCCGAUUGAUGCCGAAGGCAGUCCAGCUCCAGCUGCAGCCAAGACUUGGGGCCGAAGACUCUGGACGGCUGCAUCCAAGCUCAAAAAUGCCCGUGCUGAGGUUUCACUGCUGGUUGCAGCUACGCUAACGAACGGAAGAAGUGGAAACAGGGGCGUGCUCGCGCAGCGGGAUUUGCCCACAUUCUGGAAGGACUUUAACAAAAACCACUCCGACAGCGCGUGCGUCUUCUUCGACGAGGUCGCCGCCCUGGAGCGCCUGCGCCUGAACUUCGGCGAGGCGUUCGAUCGGUCCAUGUGGGACUUCAGCAUGUUUCAUCCCACAGCCUGGGGCCACGAGCAGUUGGCCGUCGAGGCACAGCGAGUCGUCAUAGAAAAGAUUCCCGGCUUGUCUGGCACGCCAACUCCAUCGCCCGCCCAACCUAAGGCAAAGGCCUCCAGUGCAGCAACGACUAACGGCUACACCAGCGCUUCCGCUACGCCCACUCCUGCGGCGGCGCAGGAGAAGAUGAUGACGGUGCACGUGCGGAACGUGAAGGGCGAUGUGGCCUUCGAAGUUUCCUGUGCCAGCUCCUGGAACACGGCUCGCUUCAGGGAAGAGGUCCUGUCCAAGGCGCCGUCGGGCUUCUCAGAUGGGAACUCUGUCUGCGUCUUCGCCAUGAAAGGUAAAUUCCUCAGCGACGGCUCGGAGACGCUCGAGCAGAUGGGCCUCAGUGAAGGUGGGCAGGUCAUCGCCGUCAUCAAGCCAAAAAGCUCCGUGCCGCGGUGA